CCCUUUAAUUCCUCUUUUUAAUUACUCCACUUCUUACUAAUUACACCAUUUUCGUACUACACUAAAAAAAAUAUUUUUAAUAAUCAUUAUAUUUGGUUUACUUCAUUUUUAGUUUUAUGAGAUUCCUCUCUUCCUCCUCUUCUUCUUCAUCAUCUUUCUCUCUCUCCUGAAUAUUACGGAAAAAACUAAAUUACGCCGACGAUCAAUAAUGGGGAAAAAUUCGGAGAGAGAUUAACCCUAAAAUUACCUAUUAAAAUUUGAGGGGAAAAGUUUUAAUUAAAUAAAGAGUUUUCAAUCGAUCAAUUUUCUUGGAAUUAAGCUCUCUCAUAGUUUAUGAGAUUCUUUUGAUUUUAGUUUCUUCUAUGUUUUCUAGCUGAAUAAUUGAAUUCUAGAUUUAGGGUUCAAGGGGGGAAGUCAAGAAAAUGGCGAGGACUAGAUCGUCGUCAUGGUGGAGAUAUGCAAAUCCGGCGUAUUAUUUGAAGCGACCAAAGAAGCUGGCUUUGUUGUUUUUUGCAUUUGUUAUCGGAACUUUGCUUGUUUGGGAUCGACAGUCUCUUCUGAGAGAACACGAGGAGGUGGUUGAAAAGUUGUAUUCAGAGGUCAAUCGGUUGCAGGACGAGCUUGAAGGGGUUAAAAGUGUGAAAGGGAUAAGUAACGAUUUUCCCACAAAGAAGGUUGUUUUGGAUGAUCCUGUUGAAGUUGAGCGAAGACAGAAAGUGAAAGAGGCCAUGCUUCACGCUUGGACAUCAUAUGAGAAAUAUGCUUGGGGGCAAGAUGAACUUCAGCCCCAGAGCAAGAGUGGUGUCAAUAGCUUCGGAGGUCUUGGAGCUACACUGAUAGACUCGUUGGAUACAUUGUAUAUUAUGGGCCUGGAUGAGCAGUUCCAGAGAGCUAGAGAGUGGGUUGCCAAUACGUUGGAUUUCAACAAAGAUUAUGAUGCUAGUGUCUUUGAGACAACCAUAAGAGUUGUAGGGGGACUUUUGAGUGCAUAUGAUCUCUCAAAUGACAAGAUGUUCCUUGAAAAAGCCCAAGACAUUGCUGAUAGAUUGUUGCCUGCAUGGGACACAUCUUCUGGAAUACCAUAUAACAUUAUUAAUCUGGCACAUGGAAGACCACAUAAUCCUGGAUGGACAGGGGGUGAUAGCAUAUUAGCAGAUUCAGGCACUGAGCAACUUGAAUUUAUUGCGCUAUCUCAGAGGACAGGGAACCCCAAGUACCAGCAGAAGGUUGAAAAUGUUAUAUCAGUGUUCAAUAAAACCUUCCCUGAUGAUGGUCUACUUCCUAUAUAUAUAAAUCCUGAAAGUGGAGCGGGAUCACGUACAACUAUUACUUUUGGUGCUAUGGGUGACAGUUUUUAUGAAUAUCUACUCAAAGUAUGGAUACAGGGGAAUAAAACUACAUCUGUAAAGCUCUACAGAGACAUGUGGGAGAAAUCAAUGAAUGGCCUUUUAACUCUGGUCCAGAAGACAACACCUUCAUCUUUUACAUAUAUUUGCGAGCGAAAUGGGAAUUCUUUGCAUCAUAAGAUGGAUGAGCUGGCAUGCUUUGCUCCUGGAAUGUUGGCUUUGGGAUCAUUUGGUUAUGGUCCAGGAGAUUCAGAGAAAUUUAUGUCACUUGCUCAAGAGCUGGCAUGGACAUGCUAUAACUUCUACCAGUCGACACCUACUAAAUUAGCAGGGGAGAAUUAUUUCUUUCACUCUGGGCAGGACAUGUCUGUGGGUACUUCGUGGAACAUUUUAAGACCAGAAACGGUGGAAUCCCUGUUCUAUUUGUGGCGCCUCACUGGAAAUAAAACGUACCAAGAAUGGGGUUGGAACAUAUUUCAAGCUUUUGAGAAGAACUCCCGCGUAGAGUCAGGCUAUGUGGGGCUUAAGGAUGUAAAUAGCGGUGUUAAAGACAAUAUGAUGCAGAGCUUUUUCCUGGCAGAAACCCUAAAAUAUUUGUAUCUUCUGUUUUCACCACCAACAGUGAUUCCCUUGGAUCAAUGGGUCUUUAAUACCGAGGCUCAUCCGUUAAGAAUUGUAACACGAAGCGAUAGUGGAGAGAAACAACAUAGUCGACCCCUAAUUCGACAGCGUGCUAGGAAGGAAGGUCGUAAUUGACCCAUGGACAAUUUUUGAGGAAGUCAAAACUCGGUGAGUAGAGAAUGUUGUACUUAGAUCAGAUACCUGUUUCAACGUUACGCUUCUGGAUUAGCUUCAUUUUUCCUCUUUUAUUAUAGGUGUGUAAAGUAGAACAAGUGUAACUUAAUCUUAAUUUGUUGUUCAUUAAGGCAUUUAUACACCAUGAUGCCAUGGCUGUAAUUUAGUCUUUUUUUUCCCCUCUGCAGUUCUUAGGUGUGCCUAUAGGUUCUCUAUGAAUGUAGGAAGUUUCAGAUAUUUUUUGAUUGAGAUGUACUACUAAAUAAGUCACUCUAAUUCUUGUCUAGUGAUGAUUAGGUAGUCUCUCAAGAUUAAUGAAAUAUCCUGUUUUUGACAUUGUUA